CAGUGAGGAGCAGACGGACUGUAACACGUCGGACGGUCGACGGUGACUUUCAGCUGCGGUUAAACUCGUUUAAACGUCUCCUUUUCCGUGUUGUUUACCGGCACCAUGUCGCACACCGUCAUCACUACGACCACAACAAUGACCAGGACAUCCGGGGAGAGCGGCCUGAACCUGGGCUACACCCGGACCAUCCCGGGGCUGCUCAAGAUCGGACAGCUGAUCUCCCUGCUCAUCGCCUUCCUGUGCGUCCGCUGCGCUCGCGGUUGGCCGAGCUGGCCGACUUUCCAGUACUUUGAAGUGGUGACGCUGUGGUUCUUCGUCGCCUUCCUCAUCUUCUUCCUCAUGCACCUGUUCAGGCUGCAGGCGAAGAUGCCUUGCAUCAACUGGCCUCUUACGGAGUUCUUUCAUUACUCUGUGGGAUGUGUCCUCAUUCUCAUCGCCUCCAUCGUCGCCUCGGUGAAGAGCUCUGGAGUUUCGGCACUGGUGGCUGGAUCGGUGUUUGGAUUCAUAGCAACUUUCCUGAUGGCCGUUAAUUUGUGGACAUCUUACAGUGUGGCCUGUGGGCCUCAGUCUGCGGUGUAAAAAGCGAGCCGUCGUGGAGGAACCAGAUGGCUGUGUUGGCAGUUUGCUGUGUCCUGAUCCAUGUUUUCUGCCAAGCAACCACCUGAAUAGAUCGAUCUGAUUGGAUUAUGAAUCAUACUGCAGGGGGAGCACUGAUGGAGGAAGGCUGCCUGAGGCGUAAACAUCCCCGAUCAUCAUGCUCCACCCAGACAGGACAGUAGUUAGUGUUAUUUUUCAUUUCUCAUUGAAUCAGGCCUCUACAGUCACAUUGUCAUGUUAAAGGUGCUCUGUGUCACAUUUUAACCAUCAGUAAUCAUCAUCAGUGAAUGACAGCACGGUGCAAACAGUCACCCGAAGCUGCCGUCUUUACUAGAUUUCCCAUCAUUCCCAUUAUUAUAAAAUGUUUUUAUUUUCUUUAAGCUUUUUUUUUUUAGAGAAGUGUAGGCUCUAAAACAAUAGUGCCCUCUUACUGUUGUGUGCCAUAAAUCAGUUUAAAUGAAGUCUAAAUUUAUGCAGGUCUGACUACAGCCUCGCCUCGCUGUCGCAUUUCCUCGGUGGUUUACAGCACCUGGCUUAUUCUGCUCGAUGCGUUCUUAUUUUUCAAAACAAAUUUCCCUUCAUUCCGACUUUUCUAUUCCACUUUGAAACUUCCUGAAGCUCUGCGGAAGCAGUUCGGACCACGGAUGUAUUAAAAUUACAGUGGUUUUCCUUUAAAAUAUUAGUAAUUCAAAUAUUCUUAUCAUUCAAACAUGAACAAUCUAAUAUUUGUCAAAGAUUUGCAUGCUAAUGUAGUUGUUAGCAUGCUAAAACGUUACUCAGGGGAUACAAAACAACAGCAUGCUAACAAACGACAGCAUGCUAACACAUAAAUGAAGCCAAACAGGUAAACCUAGAAUGUUAACAUGCUAAUAAAGCAAACAACACAAAAACCAUGAAAAAAAUGCCUAAUUUUUCUCCAGAGUAAAAGCACGCAUGCUGGAAAUCUUUACCCUCAGCCUAAAGAGCCGAUGGGUACUGCCGUCAUCCCGCCGGGCGGCUGAGUUUCAACUUUGCAAACACGAUAACUUGAGAGCGACGCAUUGACUUCUAAUCUCGGACGCCUUAGUUCUGAUAAUUAAUGGCGAUCGCAGACAGUGACAGUAUUUUUAGUGGCUUAUAUUUAUUAUGAUUUUUAGUAUUUUUUCAUUCCUGGCUCUUACUCAGCCAUUUGUAAGUGACUGAGGCUCACACGCACCCCAUGAAGAUCUACUGAGACCUGUAAUUAUGUGUUAUAGAGUUUGUGCUUCCAGGGGGAUUCGUGCCACCUAAAGAUACAGCUGCCAGGACACCAAGGGGGACGCUGAGGGGGACACUGGCAGCUGAGAGUAUUUAUUUUUUAUUUUUUUAUUGUCAGAAACCCCCAUGUGCAGAAUUAACCUAUUAUUUAGAUUCUACUGAAAUAACUUCAGUUCAUUUUUGCCUGCUGUAUUUUUCUUAUAAUUUCUUUUUGGGUCAUGUUAAGUUUGUCCCUCAUUUUAAGAGAUUCAAGGAAAUAAAGGGUCCCACAGAUGUUGAACGCUGGGGCAAAACGUGACCUUUUUACAACUGCGUGCAUACAAAUAAGUUAGAGUCCCGCUGGGUUUUUACAACACAAAUUUUAAUGGUUUCAAAAAAACUCUGAUAUAAUAUAUUGACCAGUAUUAGAAUGGUGUUAUAGUUUAUUAACACUGCAAAAAGGAAACUGUAAGAAACUGACAGAAAAUUGUUGAUAAAAAUCUUCAUUUAAUGACAAAAUGAAAACAAUCUUUGAAUUGAUUGAUGUAAUAAUCAGAUUAUGUGAGUAGAAGCGCUGAGCUCAUUCAUUUAUUUUGGUUAUCUAUCUAAAAGAAGUGAUGGGUGCAAAGUUUCCGUGACCCACAGACACCUCUGCAGGAAAUAAACCUGAAAGUUCUCUUCAAGUACGGCUUGAACUGAAUAGUCUGAAGCAAAUGGACCAUUUUAUUUUUUAACCAUAUGCUGUGAGGUGCUUUUAAAGAUUUAGGUCUUUUAUAGGAAGCUCUGAUGUUGAAGAUUACAGUUGCAGACACUGAUGAAUACAUUAUAGGGUUAUGUUGGUGUGCAGGAUUUAUUGACAAUAAGAGAAAUGAAGAACAGCACUAAGAGCGUCAUUCAAACAGUAUUUUCAGUACUGUGUUACAAAGGAAGAAUGUCUCAUUGAUUUUAAUAUUUCAUGGAUAAAAUACUGCUAUGUUUUUCUGAAGUGUGACUCCCAUAAAGCGUCUCAUUAAUUCACCACAGUCAGAGUUUAGAAACGUUUCAGCUGCCACGGGUUCAGUAUGGCAUAAAAUGUUGAAUAUGAUCAUUUUGCUUUCAAGUUUUCAUUCAGCUCUCCUUGGUGCUUAAAAAAACAGACUCUUAGCCAUUUGACUUUAUAAUUCAGUCUGAAUUUUGUAUUUUGUAUUUGUCGUGCACCCAAGAAGCACAUUGGUAAUUAUUUUAAAAGAUGGCAAAAAAAGAGAGAGAGUACAAUAUCCGGAUUAUACUUACAAAGAAAAAUAUAUGGAAACUCUGUCAGGGGAUCGUAUGGAAGAAUCACUGGUGUGGAAAUUCGUCUGUGUGAAUUAAUAAAUUAAUGAAUCAAAACUGAAUCAUAAACUGGAUUUGUAAAACUUUAGUGCAGAUUACCAAAAUAUUCACACAGUUUAAUGAUCAAAAUCAUGAAUUCAUGGAUCAGAAAACAGAUUUCAUUCAAUGAAUUAAUGAUAUGAAUUAAAAUGCACUAAAGAGAUUAAAAGUGAAUAUAUAGAUUAAUGGAGUUGCAUGGAGAGAUGAGGAAAUAUUGGUAAGAAAUAUUAAAGAUCAUUAAUUAUAGACUGUUUGGAGUUAUAAAGAAACUGAUAUGCUAAACUCUGUUUGGGUCAAAUUUUGGAUUUCACAUAAUUGUAAUGCUAAUGAAAGCACAGAGUGAAAACAAUGCUGUAAGUGUUUGGUAUGCUGCACUUAGAGAAGAGCAUUUUAGUCAUUUUACAAUUCUCUGACUGUUAAAGCACAACAUUUCUCUAAUACCUCUCCCAGCCUGUUUAUCUUUGCUUGUUAUAGUAUUCUGAUCACAAUUAUUAAUCUGUGCUUUCAUUUAGUGAGAGCAAACUUUUAUUAAGCUACACACAGCGAUUUCCACAGCCGACGACCCCCACAGCUCUGCAGCUUUAAACCACAUUUAGUAUCUCUGCUCCUUUAGUUCUACAAACAUUUCUGAUGGAUGAAGUUAUGUGGAAAAUGGCGCUUUGACCAACUGGAAAAGACGACAUUAGUGCUACAGCCGCUAGUUUGAGAAAUUAGCCACCUGAUACGGUUUUCUGAAUAUGAAAAUUUGAAUAUGAAGGACUGUUACAAAUCUAGCCGGACAGUUUAAUAGACCUCAAUAGUCUUUAAUAGUCUAGAACCAUCAAAGGUGCUGGUAGGCCAAUGUUAGCCUGUUUUGUCCUUUUAAAUGUGUUUUUAGCUGGAAAACAUUAGCUUCCCGCUAAAUGAUUUCUGCUACAGAGUUAUUGCUAAGGAAACGUGUUCAGUCAUAUUUUGUAUUUGAGUAAAUUAAAACCAUUUCAAAUGCAUAUUAUCAAAUACAUGUUAUUUAGUGGAGAGGGUAGUUCUGUCAUAGCUGUAGCUAACAAGCGUGACUCCUGCUGUAUCACAGUAAGCUUACAGUAAUGAUAAUUAAAGCCAACCCUGCUAACGUGUCUGUGUUUAGAUGAAAACAGCUGGUCAUCUUACUAGUCUUUAAAUAUACUGAUAAUUUAACAAAGUGCCAUUUAUUAUUAGAUUUUUUUUAAAUAUUUUUUUUAUUUAUAAUUCCAGUUUACAGGUUUAUGAAUAAUUUACUGCUGUAAAUUUCUUGGGGAAAAAGCUUUUUAAUUUUUCCACUGAGAAAUCUUUGUAGAACUAAAACUUGUACUCUCUUUAAAUCUGUCAUAACCUUACAAUAAGAAGCCUCUCUGGUGUACUUAGAAAUUUUUCUGCCAUUUGUUGUUUAAAGAAAAAUCUGUAAGGUAUGAACCCAACGUUUGAUCUGCAGCGAUAAUCCUGAGAUUACUGCCUUAAUAUUGAUUAGAUGCCAAAAAUCUUAGUGUGAUGCUUCUGAUUGUGCACUGAAUGUGUCUUAAAUUUCCUCUGAGGUAGCCCAGAGGACCAAAUGAAGGAUUCACAUCUAAUUGGAUUUGAACUGAAUGUUUAACUGGAAGUUCAGGUUUACAGAUUUGUUUCUAAUACAUUUAAAUUCAUAUUAUUGUCUUACUUCAGGUGCAUCUCUUGGAGCCUCUACACACUGUGUGAUAUCAGCGGUCUUAACAGGUUCACUGCUAGAUGGGUCUAUUAAAACCAUGAAUGUGAACCAUCAUGGUUAACUGGUUAAUAUAACACCGUUUGUCACUGGAUCAUUGGUGAAAUGCAUGUAUUAAGCUUAACCCUAGAACACUAACCUGAAGUUUAUCACUUUCACUUUCACGUUGGUGGAAAAACACCCGGUGUUACUGUUCUAGGGAUUUUUAGCAUUAGAUGGUGCUGAAUUGUAAAAAGCAUAAUUAGGUUGGGGUGGCAUGGUGGCACAGUGGUUAGCACCGUUUCCUCACUGCAUGAAGGUUCAAAUCCACUGUCCUGUUGGAGUUUGAUGUUCUCCCCGUGUCUAUGUGGGCUCUCUCUGGGCUUCCUCCCUCAGUCCAAAGAAUACGUGGGGUUGGGUUAAAUGGUGUUUCUAAAUUAGCUGGUGACCUGGCCAGGGUGCUGGGUCUACUUCUGCGGGGUUUAAAUGAUCGUGUGAAAAUGCAGCAAAUCUGAGUUCCUCAAAAGUUUCUCACUUCUGCUGUGAAAAUGCAGUUUAAUGUGGACCUGGUCUGACCUAGUUUCUCGGGUGGGUCUCAGCAAAUAUAAUGCUGUUUUCUCAGCAGCCUCUGAAAGGUGUCCCGCGGUGCGCUGGCUGUGGCAGCAUCAGGAAUAACGGUCCUGUUCUGAGACCUGGUUCAGGUUUUAGUCUGCAUUAAGCUGGAGGGAGCAGAAGUGACGUCCCUCUGGAACCUUUGUGUUCUUCCACUUCUGCUCGCUUUGUUUGGUUCAGGGACUAACUGAGAGGUUUGGGGUUCAAACAUGCCCCUUCACAGCAGUAACAUUACUUACUGACUCACUGCCGUACCUGAGACAACAGGCCAUAGACUCCUGACAGCCAAAGACCUCUUUACCUGAGACAGCCCAAAGUCACACACUGUGUACGGGUCUUCAGUUUUACACCCAUUAAUGUCACCGCUCUUCAUAAGCUAAACUUUAUUUCAUGUUGCGAUGCUCCAAGAUGUUCACUCGCUGUGUAUUUGCUGCUUCACUGUGCUGCCUUUUUGAUUUGUGUCUGGACCAGCUUGAUUUGUAAGAGUUUUAUUUUCAUAUGUGAUGCACUGAUAAAACUUCUAAUAUGCUAAACUGACUUUAGCAGGCAGUUAAAUGAUCUUCAACAAUGUUCAUCACUUAAUGGACAUCUAUAGACAAACAGAAAUUAAAAUCUAUAAGAUUCACAUUUGAUUUUUCUAUUAUUUGUAUUGUUAAACUUUUUGUAAAGCUAUGUUUUCCGAUCAGUGUUCAGUUUUGGAUCAAAUUCAGACAUUUUUAUUGGCCCGUGUCCUUUUUUUAAACCCUAAAACUCGGGUUUAUAGUUCUGUGUGGAGGUUUUGCAUGGAUCCAGAACUAAUGUGUAAAGAAGUCAGAGUUUGGGCCUUUAUAUCAGUUUCCUGAAGGACCUUUGAACUGUUUACAGUCAUUUUCUUGCCACAAGAACUCUGAUCAUUGUGACUGAUUCUGGCUCUAGGAUAGACAAAAACCAUACUGUUUACAUUAUUUAUUUUUGCUUGUGUGUAUUUUCUGAUGCUUAAUGAUGCUUUUCUCACCAAUGCAAAGUGACCUGAUGUACGGCUGCGUGCCCACUGGGAGACAAACAUUGAUGAGAAUGGUUGGCAGUUAACCUUGAAUCAGGACCAACUACUAAUACAGCUACAGUCAGGUUUUAGUUACUGUGCUUCUCAUUAAAUUUGCUAUGGGGAGAAUACAGAAAAUGGGCAGCGAGACUGACAAAUUACAGUCUGAAGACCUCGUUUCAGGGAGCAAUAAGCUACAUUUUUCCUGACUUGUAGUGCACCCAGUCCAUAUCCAGGCCAAGAUUUGUUUAUACCAAUUUCUGCCAUCCGGUUUAGUGGAAAGCAACCAAAGCUCAGUCACAAUUGGCCAAUAACACCUGGAGGCUUCUGGUAGAAAAAUGUUGUCUCUUCUCUGCUGAUGUCACAUAUUCAUAUACAGAAUGUGUUCAUAGGAAUUCAGUUUGAUUCAGAAAGCUUUUUUCAAAAUCAAUAUGAACUUCAUCACAUUAAGAAAUAAUCUACAGCCUGUUUUGACUUUACUGGAGAAGACUCAGAGUAACUGCCUGAAGUCUGUAGUUUUACACACUAAAACAUUUCAGUCCAAGUACAGAAACUUUUAGUCCCAGGAUCCAUUUUUCAUGGUGCAAAAACAUUUGUUCAAACUGCCGAUUGUCUGUGUUUCUGCUACAGUUGAAGUAUUACAUAGAAUAUCAGUCAGCUCAUGUGGUAAAAACAUGCUGUUUUUUUAUUUUGUUAAUACAUACAGACUUUAAAAAAUUCCCUUUGAACUGACCUGAGAUCCUGGUUCCUGCUGUGGAAACACCAAGUUCCUCUAAGGGUUCCUAGAUCCUGGUGAAAAGACUGUAAUGAACUUUGAAUGUUUAAAUCAUGGUACACGAUCCAAAACCAAGAAAAGAUUAUUUCUUUCCUUUUUUGCAAAUCUAGAUGAAUCUCCAAAAAGAUUUUCAGCACUAAAGAAAAUUUUUAUUAUUUUUUGACGACAGCUGAUUCAAAGGUCAGGAAAUAAAAGUCAUCCACUUUUAUCUUCAUUCUUUAUCUGGAGAUCAUAUUAUUAUUAUUUACAUUAAAAGCUGCUUAAAAAUGUGCAUUUUUAAAUUUCUUCCCGUAACAAAUUUCCUGAGUUCCUGAUUGAGUUGCUUUUGGUCUCCGUUCACUGUUCUAGAUCAGGACGAGGAAAAGCUGUCAAAUGAAAAACAAAACAAACCACAGUGUGAGGAACCCAGUGGAAACGGUCACCCUGGUAGUUUAGAUUAUUUAGUUUUUCUCCAAAGUGCCUUAAUGUUCUGUUGGUGUAUAAACUGGUCACUUGGUUUCUGUGAGAACAAACUGAAGAACGUGGAACCAUAUUCAGCGUGAGGUUGAGGCUGGUCUUAAAGUUUGUGCUGCUGAGGUGAAGAAAUGAAGUGAUUGUAUUAUAUAUUACAGAAGAAAAGAUGUCUACAGUAUAUAAGACACAUCACAAAGAGCUCACGUGACCCGAGUUGUUUUCUACAUUUUUAAAGUGUGUUUAAACUACAAGUUGUGAUUUAUUGCAUGUUGUGAAUUAAAGGCUCAUUGCACCAUUUCUGUCUUUGUGCUGUUUCAUAGACCAUAAUGAACAAUACAUGAACAUGCCAUAAAAGAAUAUAAUAAAUACAUGAGGAGCAUGUAG